AUGUUCAGACAUGCCAAAAAGCCCUCUUGGUUUGCAUAUUUGGAACUUCCAACAAGUCACCACCAAAGAAACAUAUUAACCAAUCAUGUUGCUAGAUACAACAAGUUCAUAUCCCAAAGAAUAAAAGAUUUUAGAGAGGGGAAGUUUGAAGGUUUAGUGUUGAACAGUAAUCCUUACAACAUUGCAUUGAACCGAACCCUUUUCCAAAAUAGAAAGGGCGAUGGUUCAGACUUAACCAUCAAAACGGAAAAAUACCCAAGGAUAAUAAGAAAUUCGGAAAAGUUACAGUUUGAUCCCUUUUUCUCACCCGAAACGCUUUCUAACACAACACACUCGAUGCUCCACAUAUCCCUGAGUCCCAACUUGGAAUUUCGCAAUGCUCAGUCUUGGAAGUCAUUUCACAACAGUUCAAUCAAGUCAAAGGCUUUUCCUGAAAAAAAGAUCAGUAUCUCGUUUAGUCCAAGGAUACACGUUACCCAAGCGUUUGUAGCUAUCACUCCGACGUAUGAAUCACUGGUACCUGUGAAAGCGUUGUUUUCUCAUUUUGUAAACUGUCUGAAACCGUGGGCAAAAGAUGUGAAGUUUAAUCAGCCUCUCAGCUCACCUUCUAAGGUUUUAUUUCACACCUCGUUGGGAAAAUUUCAUCACGCAAGAGAUAACAUACUGAAUGAUAGUGAGAUGAUCUUUCUAUCAGAAAUUCUAUCUAGAUCAACGGAAGAUCUCAAAAAAAUUGUGGAACCAAACUGUCAUGCCCAAUUGGACUCUUUGACACCAGCUGAGUAUUACCUGUCCGAAGGGGAGUUGUCUCAACUCGUUUUUGAGGUCAACCACUACAAAGUCAGAUAUGGCUUCUCCACAUUGAGAGUACAACUGUAA